AUGGCUACUGGCGCAACAACAGGAAUGGCUGAUAGCUAUAACUCCAACUCCGCACCUCAACUAGGUACUCUGGUCGGUUCGGAACAUUACAUCCAGUGUGCAAUCAACGGACUAGAUCUUCCUCCUUCAUCGCUGGUUUUGAUUGCAGAUUUUGGUGCAUCGCUCGGCUCUAAUUCGUUGCAGGCGAUUAAAAUCAUUUUUCAAUGUCUUCGCGAAACGAAAAAAAUCGACGAACACAGAUAG